AAUCCCACUGCAUUGCUACAAUAAUUUGUUCCAUAUAGUUUAUAUGAAAUUCUUUGAUAAUCAACAACGAAUGCUUUGUUUACACAAAAUUGCGCAAGAUUCCGAAAAUAGACAUAUAAGCACAAUGCAGACGUCUUCCAUUUUGCCAGACAUCGAUUUUGAGGUAUGCGAAAAAAUAAGUUUUUACAUCAAUGAAAUGGGCUGCAAAAAAUUAUGGUACACGGCAAUCCACUUUAUUGACCGAACUCAUCGAAGUUUUAUCAAAGUUUUCCAGGCUAAUUUAGACACUGACCCAUCAAAAAAUCAAUUAAUCGAAGUAUUGAACUUGCCUUUGCUCAAAUUAUCCGACGAGAAGAAGGUUGGAGAAAUUGCGUUAAAUUCUUCCCAUUUAUUUAUCUUCUACACGGACAAAAACUUAGAGAUAGUAAAGAUAUCUCCUCACUCUACCAAAGAUGAAACUAUUAUCGUUGCGGAUAAUUCUUUGAUCCUCAAGGGCGUAACUUGCUUUGGAAUAUCCAACGAAUCGCUAUUUUACGCAAAUCAAAAGAAUCAGAUUCUCUUCCAUGAUUUAAGCUAUCAUUGCGAUAUCAUCAGCCAACAAUCCCUUCAAAAUGAUGGCGCCCAUCUGUUAAGUCACCAUUUUAGUAUAAAGCGUUUGACGGUACACCCGAAUAUGUGUAUAUUGGUAUUCGUGGAUUCAGCGGGAAAUCAUUUUUUUUAUGAUUUGGAAAAGGAUCAUUUAUCUUCAAUCGAUGUUCAAAUAUCAAAUGAAACGAACGAGUUGCACACUAAAGAUUUAGAAAAUAUUGGUUAUCUUGAUCAAACUCAUAUAAUAUGGGAUUUAUCUUUGCACGAGUCGUUUUACCCUUUUCCCGUGUUCUUAGUGCUAAAUAAUCAGCCUCCUUCUAAUUAUGAAUUAUUGGUAUACGUUUACAUGUCCAAAACUAUCCAUGGUCCCCUCUUGAAUAUGAUCAACCGUAUACUAUUGAAUAACUUUCUAACUUUCAAGCAUCUUAGCAAACAUCCCCAAUCAAACAUAUCAGAAAAUCCCUUUACCGUUAUCACAGCUUUCCUUAGUCUCGGAACCUUAUCUUUUUGGUCGCUUUACAGUCAAGAAAUAAAAUCGGAAAAGACUCUAGAAGAUAACUUAAAUAUGAUCGAUUCCUUACCCGUACCCGAGUUAAAUAUCGAGGAGAUUCUUUUGUCUUCUGAAAAUAUUAAUAUUCCUAAAAAUAAUAAUGUCAAGAUAGACAGUUUGAACCAAAAUGACAAUAAUAACAUUAUUAAGCGUUUUCUAAACGCUCUGGAUAUAGGGCACUUGCAAUUGGCAUGGAAAAGGUUGCAUCUUCUUCGAGAAAAUCAUAUCAAAAUCUACGCCGAAAUUUUUUUGAUCAAGGCACUCCGUUUGAUGCGUAUCGAUUGGGCCAAACACGCGUGCAAACAUUUUGGGCAAUUAUUAACCCACCAAGCUCUUUCAAUGAUUGCGAUGUCAGAGGACAGAGAAACUGCGUCUCGAUUCAUCAAAUGUCUUUUCCAAGAUUCGGGGAAAGAUCUGGAUCUCUUCUCUCUGUGUCAAGAAAUAUCGAACAACAAUUCGAUUGUUCAAUUUUCUAAUCCGGUCAAAGAUAUUUUGAAUCUUCCAAAUGAGACUGAUCAUCCCAACGAUACUGAUCCAGAAUUGCGCCAUAUGCUGAAUGAGAUGGAGAAAAAUAAAGGUGUCCCUAGCCUGAGAGAAUCACGAAUCAAAGACUUGGGUCAAAAGUUGGUAUCGCUCGAAAUACGUGAUCGCCGCGAGGCCAUUACCAAGAUCAAAAGCUACUUGGAAUUUUCCAAAGUUAUCGCGCUAAAAACGUUCAAUUCUAUCGACCAUAAUUCGUCUGGAGAUAGCUUUGUUUCAACCGAAAUCGAUCGGGAGAGGGCCAUGAAUGAGGAAAUCAAUGAUUUAAUCACCUAUCAUUACAUGCGAAAGGUGUUCGAAAUCAUCGACGAAAACGGGAUAGAUAUCGAAAAGGAUAUGGAAGCGUUCGAUUUGAAUAUGAACCACCUCCCUCAUUUCUACUUCAAAAUUGCCGAUUAUUUCAACCAGAAAGGCUCUCAUCUAUUGGCAGGUGAUUAUUACCUCAAGGCCAAUCUUUUGGAACAAGCUCUUAAAAAUUAUUUAACCUGCGCGAAAUCAAUUACCGAAGAUUGUCGAAUAUCAUCUCCCAAGGAUACCUCAGAUUACGAUAAAGCCAUUACUGGCCUCCUCACAACCAUAACCAGGCUUUACACACCCGAUGACGCUUAUUCGAAUCGAGAUAUUGAAAAUAAAACUGAAUCAUUUCCUUUCGAUCAUUUUACGGAGACUAAAAGGGAACACGCCCUUAACGAAGUUGUAACCUUUCUACUGAGACCGAAUAAUUAUGAAAAGGAUUUGAAGACACUUUUGAAUCUAUAUAUAUACUGCGGAAAAAUAUCUGAAUCUAACAAGAUAGCCUUAAUCAUAUGUGACAUGGAAAAGGAAAAUGGAUUGUUUGAAGAUGCUCACAGAAUACUUUAUCAAACAUACAAGAGCUUGAUUUUAAAUAUGAACAAAAAUGAGGCUCAACAAAAUAAGGUCAUCAUAUCGGACCAUUUGGAUUUACAAUUAAUGCUUUUGCACAGUUACAAGAUUGCUAAGAUCCAAAUGAAAUCCAAGAUGAACGAUCUUUCGGCCAAACUAUUGAUGAGGUUGAUCUUCGAAUUUCCUUCGCAAUUUUUCUUCUCCAGCCCUUCCAUUAAAAGCGAAGGGGUGAAAAAUUUAAAUCAGCAUGCACUUUUUAAUCUCAAUGAUACACUGAGUGAUAUAAACCAAAUCAGCGAUAAUUUCGAAAACAUCUUAUCCGUCGCCAGGAUAAAAAUAUACCAUUCCGUUCUGAUAUCAGCGGCUCUGCAGUGCUGGAAAGCGGGGCUCGAGGCGGCAGCUUAUAAAAUCGCCGUUUUGAUAUUCGAAAAAGUAAACGAGCACAAGAAGAAUCAAGGCAGGCCCGAAUUUAUAAUGUCUCAGCCUAACAAAAUCAAGUUGCAAAAUAUUAUAAGAAAAUAUAAAGAAGUAUCUCGUCACCAUUCGCCGGAAAAAUCCGAUAGUCUAAAUUUAUACCAGCUCGUGCCUUGUAAAUUUUGCGGAACGGAUUUCGAGAAUUACAAAAUCGUGUGCUCAAAAUGCGGUGAAAUCAAUUGCCAUCCUUAUUGCAUUUUGACGGGACUGAGACUCAAUAAAACGGUCUUAUCCGAGAUCGAAAAUACCGAGGGGGGGAGUCGUGAUGAUAAGAUGGUAUCUGAAAUGAUUGGUUGUUGCCCAUCGUGCAAUUUUCCUUACCUAAAAAGCGCGGCAAAAGAAUAUAUAAAGGCAAGCAUAGAACAAUGUCCGAUGUGUGAAUCAUGUGAAAUAUCAAAAUUUUGAAUUUCUUUCGCUAUACAAUUUUUAUUAUAACAUUUUUUUUAAUAAAAGAAAAAAUAUGCCUUUUUUAUUCAGGGAUUAUAUUUAU